GCAGCUGAUGCAAAGUUUGAACAAGCUCGACACGCCAGAACAGAAACUCGAAACCAUCACCAAGAAGCACGCUGAGCUGCUGGAGGAGCAUCGCAGUGAUCAGAAACAGCUGAAGGUUCUGCAGAAGAAGCUGCUCCAAGUCAUGAAGGAGAAGGACCAACUGCAGAGUGAGCACAGCCGGGCUGUGCUGGCUCGCAGUAAACUGGAGGGACUGUGCCGAGAGCUGCAGAGGCACAACAAGACCCUGAAGGAGGAGACGCUGCAGAGGUGCAGAGAGGACGACCUGAAGAGGAAAGAGAUCACCACCCACUUCCAGGGGACACUCAGUGAGAUCCAGGCCCAGAUCGAGGAGCACAGCAGCCGCAACACCAAGCUGUGUCAGGAGAACAGCGCUCUGGCUGAGAAACUGAAGGGACUCAUUUCUCAGUAUGACCAGCGUGAGGCGAACCUGGAAAAGGUCUUCAAACACAGAGACCUGAAAGAAAAGCUACUGGAAACCAAGCUCCAGCAGGCGAACAUGAUCCUGAAGGAGGUAGAGGAGAAGCACAAGCUGGAGAAAGAGCAUCUGCUGAAACAGGCUGCAGAGUAUAAAGUGCAGGUGAAGGUCAUGAGGGAGCAGGAGGUUGACAUGAAAAACCAGCUGGACAUGUACUCCAAGAAGUUUGACGAAUUCCAGGGCACAGUAUCAAAGAGCAACACUGUCUACAGCGGCUUCAAGCAGGACAUGGACAAGAUGGCCAAGAAAAUGAAGAAGCUGGAGAAAGAGUGCCAGUCUUGGAAAACUCGCUUUGACGGCUGUAACAAGAGCCUGAUUGACAUGGUGGCAGAUAAAGCCAUCAAGGAAAAGGAGUUUGAACUGGUCACCGUAAAGAACCAGAAGCUUGAGAACCUCUGCAGGGCGUUGCAGGAGGAGAGGAAGAGUCUUUAUGAGAAGGUGCAGGGAACUGCAGGUCAAUCAGGCGUAACCACAGCUGAACCAACAGUGAAGGUGCAGGAGGAGGUUGCUGAGGUGAAGGAGAGCCAUAAGGACGUGGAGGACCACCAGCCUCCUGUCCAGGAAACCAAAGCUCCAGCCGACUCCUCUCCACUGACCCACGAACUGGCGAAACUGAAAGCCGAGCAGGCCCGCCUUCAAGAGAUCGCCGGCUCUUUCACAAUCUCUCAUGUUACUCCUACAGAAACAGAGGGCAGCCAAUCACAGGGCCACUCUGCGGGCAACCACCAGCCACAGCAGAACCACACAGAGCAGAGCAGCUGCGAGCGGGUCCAGGAGAGCAAAGACGACAAAUACCAAGAACAGAGAGAUUUGGAAAUGGAGUCUGUUGAUUGAUGCUGCAAUCACUGUAAAAAUAAUCAUAAAAAACUGGCUCCUGUCAGGUUCAUAGCAAUAAAAUGGGAAAAAAAAAAAAGUUGGCUUUAACUUUCAGUGCCUCAUCCUGAUAUGUCCAGAUUUAAGAGAUGCUCAGUUUCAGGCUGCAUCUACAUCUGUUGCUUUAUGACUUCUCUCUCACACACACACACACACACACACACCUAAAACUUUAGUGUGUGUCGACAACUUCCCUUGUUUAAUAAAGUAAGAAAGGUGGUAUUGAUCGAAAUAAGAAGUAAAUAAAUGUGUCAAUAUUUGUAUGACAUAUCAAUUCAGACAUAUUCAAUGAGAUGGUAAUAUUACAGUAGACAACUAUGUAUAUAUAUAUAUAUAUAUUUAACCAAUUGACUGACCUGUACAACACUUUUAUCUAAAUGUCAGGAACAGAAAUCAUUAGAAAAUCUAUUCAUUCAAUAGAGAAGAAUACCAACAAGUACGAAUGAAGUCUUACAAAGUAGCUGCAAUUUCACUCAAAAGGUAGAAUAGCUCCCUCCAGAGGUGGGGAAUUAUUGAAGGACCACCAGAAAAUCUCUGAGUGUCCUAUUAGGUCCAGGUGGACUUGGAAAGGCAACAGUAUACUUGACUGAACCAAGCUGAUCAGAAGUUCCACCUCUGCAGGAAAUCUCACUGAUCCACAGUUUGAAAGCAAUCAGGCGGCUGAAGUCGAGCAGCCAGCUGUGGACUCUUGUGUCUUCGCUGUCAUGACUUUUGCUGAAAAUGGAAUAGCUCUGCUGGAGCUGGCCAUUAGGCAGAGCAGAGAAGGUAGGCAGCGUUCUGUGAGGCCGCAGCAGACAAGUGUGCAUAAAAAUAGACGUGCAGACAGACAGGGAGCUCUGCAGCAGAUUUAUGGUCGAAGAGGGGGUGAAGGAGGAAGAGGGGGAGGUGGUGGAGGAGAGAGAGCAGAAGGACUGUCAAUAAUUAGACAUAAAGAAUGAAUCCUGACACUUUAACUGGCUACCUUCACGUGUGUUUAUCUCCCACAGUCUCACUGCGAGAAUUCAUCAGGCGGAAAAUCAGCAGUGAACGGAGAGAGUCUCUGUUGGGUCUCAUUGAUGCUGCAGCCUACAGUCCUGAAGGUGCACCGCGGUGAAGUUAUUUUAGUGUAUGAUUAGAGUAAUGAGUGAGUAUUUUAACUAACAUCUGGAUUAAGUACAGAGUCGUCCUUGUCAGACCAUAAGACCAAGGUGGUGCUGUUCAAAAAAUGGUUGAUUAACUAAACCCAGACUUUCACAUAUUCUUUGUUGUCCUUCCACAGUAAAGACAAGGUGACUGCAGCACAUAAACUGACCACUAUGUGUUGCCAAGUCCUACACAAUGCACCUUAAGGUUAUUGAUCAAAUUAUUUUCAGUGUGUCUUUGAAGAGGAAAAUGGAUUCGGAGGAUUUAUGGAGACGUAACAAUCAAUUGAUCAAUAAUUUACAUGUUCAAUAAAUUAAAAAAUCUGUUUUCAAAACGUUUAGAAUGGCAAUGAUUUUAGGGGUUUUGUUUAGUCAACAAUCCUUUAUGUUGUAUCAUUACUAUAAUGAUUAUAGUUUGAUAAAAGUUGAAUGAUUUUUAACUUAUUUCACACUAUAAGAAGCAGUUGGUCUCCCAGUUUAAGCUCUACUUGACUUCAUGUAGCUCGUACAUCUCCUCAUUCCUCAUUUAGCAGACGUUCAUUAACUCAAAUCAUUCAUCAGUAAGUUCAAAUGUGUUCAGUUGUGAGUGUUGGCCACUAUUGUUUCAACUGGAGUUAAAUAUAAAACCCAACCAUGCAGCAGUAGACAUGCAGCUCCUGUGUCCAUCACAGCGAGAACCACAGAAUUUCUAUAUUAUCUUUGGUGUAUGAAAACACAGGAUUCCUAUUUUGCUUUCCAUCACAAAGCAUUUGCAUGGCAGUUACAAAAGUACAAGAAACUCCUAUUAUUUUAACCUUGGACUGAUCCCGACAUCGGCAGAACCCUGGAGGAACGAUCCGUCAGUACCUCAGAGAACCACACUGCUAAGAUUGGACUUAUCACUCAAGGAUAUUUGACUUGUGUGUAGAUUUACACCAACGUGCCGCGGCUGAAAGACCCAAUAAAAAUAAAGAAACACUAAAACCUGUGCUGCGUUACACCUCCAGCUGUGUGGCUCUGCGGGAGGCGACAGGAGGCUGUCGGCAGCUCACAGUGAGUUAUUUCAUAUCAAAAAUAAAUCUAGAAGCAGCUCUAAACAGAGCCUUUCACACUCUGAGUCACUGAGUGUGGCCGAUGCAUCGCAGAUGCAGUGGGAUUCUUUUGUGCAGCGCUCGGACCAUGAGUUACAGCUCAGUGCUGCGUCACAGACUGAGGUCCAUCCAUCAACACAUAUUUCACCACAGAUUUUUUCUCAUCAAUGCCAGAACUGGAGAAUCUUUGAUUCAAUUCUUUCUUUCUUUUCUUUCCUUUUUUUAAAUAAAUGUAAACUGCUUAAAUAUCAGACUGAUCACCCAUUAAGAAUAAAGAACAUAGAUAUUUAAGGUGUUUUUUUUUUCUU